AUGCCUCUCACGCUCAACAUUAUCGAGCAGAUCCUGGAUAAUGCCGAAUAUCGGUCUGUGGUUAGAUUCUCCCGAUCUUCGACAACGGCUAAAUAUGUGGCCGAGUCUGUUCUGCGGUACGUUACCUCACAAUAAAAUGAUUUCAUUUUUGAAUUAGACACGAAAAAUAAAAUCCUUGACGGCUUGAAAAUCGUUAGAAAGAUUCUAAAAAAUUAUUCCAAAUUCCCGCCUUUAGAGUCUAGAGACUCCCUCCAGAUACAAUUCUAAAGGUUGGCGUAUUGGACCUUCCUGUUUGGGAUGUCAGCUGCUUGACACAGGGAAAUACAGGCAGGCAGGAGUCGAGGAAAGACAGAGGGGACACGCGGAACCAGCAACCUGAGGAACCUUCGCCCACGCGGGGGCGUGGUCGAAGGUUCUCCUAUCGCUGGGCUGGUACAAAAUCUUUAAAAUCACGCGAUAGUAAAACAUUUACUUUUCACAAACGCCGUUAAAAAAAUCGGGAAAAAAAAGAAAUCAAGUUUUCAUGCUUUCAGAGAAAGGAAGGAGCCAACCAGCGCGACCGUCUUUUUUGAUUUCGACAAAAAUCGUUUGAGUGACGCGGUCUGCGUGGUUGACAUUCAAAACGAGAGAAAGUCGUUCGAAGUAAUUUUAUAACUGAUUUUUUUUUCUAGUCGUUUCCGAUUUUUCAAAAAUAUCUCUUUCAGUGGGAAAAUCAUGAAGGCUAUGUAAGGGAUCUGUACACGGAGCUGAGCCAGUUCAUCCCAACACAUGUCGUGCUGUGCGUGAUGAGCCCUUCAUUUUUGAAGAGAACAGGAGUUUUUGCCAAGUUUGUGGAGACGAAUCUCUUCCGGGAGACCAAGACGGUGAAUUUCCAUUCCUCCCUGCUUUCAUGGACGAUAAAAAUAACUAGACACCAUUUCUUAUUCUUUGCCAAAACCGAUUUCAACUUGAGUACAUUGAUUGUCAAACUUCACACUUCGAAGAGUAGAACAACUAUGUUUGGUUUCUAGAAGAAAAUUCGUGUCAAAAGGAGUUAUAAAACUGAAAAUAUCGAAUUUUUUGUUGUCAAAACUAUUUUUAUCAAACCAACUUGUCAAAUUUCUUGUGUUUCCUCAACUCAAUCUUUUCCAGCUCACCUUUGACGUCGACAAGCGAACGGCUUUUAGGAGCUACGGCAAGUGGUUCCCCAACAUCUACCGCUUCGAUGGUCAGAGACACAUUGGCACGCUGGCCGUCAGGAAGCAAUUCCGGGGGGUUUUCACCUUCCGCAAGUUCAUCGGACACUACCCAGCCGCCGAAUUUUUCAGGUGAAUUGAAAAAAUUAGUUCCUAUCAUAAGAGAGAUUCAGAAUAUCUAUGUACGUGAGCGAGGAGGUCAUCAUGACGGAUGAUUGCCUGGAUUUCAUAAUGGAGCAGCACCGGCUCAAAAAGACGCCAUUGAAAGUUUUCGUCCUGGAAGUGGGGUGCAAGUUGACGGCAAAUGUCAACAAGGUCAUCGAGUUCCUGGAUGUAUUUGUACAUUUUCAGUGAAAUCUUAUUUAAAUUCUUGUUUUCAAGUUUGCCGCAUGGAGCUGUACGGAGUACAAGUCGAGAGAGCCGGAGACUGAAGAAAACGGAGCAGAAACACGAGUAAGUAAUUUCCAUCCUUUACAGUAGGAAAAUAAUAUAACCUUCUUAAGUUUUUUUCUAAAAAUCAUUUUUUGGGAAAAAUCCUUUCAAUCGAAUUCAGUACCGUCCGAAAAAUUCUGCAAAACCGGGGUAUCGGUCCCAACUUUCAAAGGAAUUAAAUCUUUCUGAAACUUCAUAUGGUAUUGAGGACUGUUAUUGUUUUAUUCUGAAGCAGUUUCCGUUCACAGAAAAAAAAGCCGCUUCAGGAACUUUCAGAAAGAUUGCAUUUCUUAUGUGACCAAAACCCCGGUUUUUUCGUAUUUUUUCUGACGGUUCUGUAACUUAUUAUUAUUAUAAAAAUAUAUAAAUAAAUUUUUCCAGGUGCCACGAUGCUACAUCGAGAUCCACUCUCCUUUCCAGCAGAGCGAUGACGACAGCGCGACGAAGAUGAAGUUCGCCCUUCAGAGAAUGGGUAUAACCCCGACCGAAAUGGUUUGGAAGACGUCCCUGGAGCGCAUACGACCGGUUUAUACGUACUUCUGCUGGGCCUUCAAACUGGGAGGAACUGAAAUAGUCUACCGUUUGCAAGUCUAUCCCUAUGGUAAGGAUUUCCAGAACAUAAAUGUUGGAACUCCUUAUAACAGAAAACUACCUUAUUGAUUCUGUUGUUACUUUUUUAUACUUGUGAUAAAACGUUGGAAAUAUGAUACGAUUUCAGUUUACUGCAGAAAAAAAAUGAGACAACAAAGAAAGUUGAUCGGCAAUUAAGAAUACCAAGAUCAUACAUAUGUGUUGUUCCGGGACGAAGAUCUACCUUGAAGUCAAAAAAAAAAGGAAAAAGGACUUAUUUUUGUUUAGAAGAAAAAACCUUUUUGAACUUGAUGUUCGAACGAACUACUUCUAUUUUCAAACUUCUGUAAUUUUUUGUUCUUUUUUCGCGCCAGUUUAUAUUUAUGUUGUUAUUUGGCUUAAACUUUAGUCUGAGACUUGCUCUUGAGACUUUCCUAAUCUUCAUUUUAUUAACCAAAAAUUAUUUAAAACAAGUGUCAAAAAACUUUAGCAGCCAAGAAAAAUCAAUAGUUCAGAGUUUAUUAUUAUUUUUUUGAAUUUUACAACUAAAAACUUGAAAAAAAGUUCAAAAGUUUUUUUCAAAUUUUUUUAAAAUGGAAGUUUAAACCAAAAAGCUCCCCUAAAAUUAUAAUCUUGAACUCGAGAAGGAAUCUGAGCGAUAAAAAUAGUUUUUAAAAAUCUUAUCAUUGAAUGGAAAGAAACCAUAAAAACAAUAUUAUGCCUGAAAAUUUUAUCCAAAAAAAUUAGAAAAAUAAAAUAAAAAAAGAAAGAAACCAGUUUUUUUCAUUGGUUUUUUUCCCGUAGCUUUUUGUCUUGCGUCGCUUUUAUUGCUUCAAAACCUUCCUUUUGAGCUGAAAACUACGAGAUUAUAAAUAAACUAGUAGUAAAAUAAUCAGCUCACUUCUUUUCUGUUUUUUUUGUCGCUCUGUGAAAAACAUCUCAACAAUUAGAAGAAAAUUUUUUCAGCUACACGAAGUCCACUUUUUUUUUCGACAGAUUGCGGAGUUGGCGAUUGACGGCUCAAACUGAAGUUAAUAUUUUUAUUGAUCACUAAGGCGAUUGGAGAGACAAAUUGCGGUUUUUUUUUCUUUCCUAUGACCUCUUCCGCAUCUAAAUAUAUCGUCUCUGGAAAAAUCUUGCUCAGCUCUAUGGAGCCAUUUCCAGGUGAAAAAGGCUGAGCAAAUAGAUAACGGACAAUAUCAGCCACCGUUCCAGGCCUAAAAAUUUCCUUGUUUUUCUUUUUCUAAGUUGAAACUAACCUAUUCGCGGAUUUGAUGACAGAAAAACUUGGGGGAUUGUCAUGAAGCCAUCGAAAAAAAUGUAAAAAGCCAUUUUUUUCAUGUAUUUUUUUGUAUCUUUUUCAAAAAGUGUGACGAAACUCUUUGAAAAAUAAUGGACUGAAAAAGAGACAACGAAUGGUUGGCUUACCUGCUCUUUGGGUCCUGAUUUGGCACCUUACAUAAAAAAAACCCUUCGGGAGCUUCUUUUAUCGAUCUUUUGGGGUCCUACCUAGAACUCCCUGAAAAAAAAACUAUGAAUUGUUCACUUACCUGCUUUUGCGGUACUGGGCUGAAUUCGCAUAAAAUCUUGCGAGUUGUAGACUUCGAAAAAUCCAUUCGGGCCUUUUUUCUGUAUUUUUUCCGAAAGUCGACAAAUUUCUGAAAAAAGAAAAAACAUUUCACUCAGACCCCUUGGUGAACCUCCAAACGAAAAUUAAGGAAAAACUAAUCGCUCCGAAAGUUUUUGUGCACGUAUUCAUUACUUUCUUCCGGCGCCCAAUUUUCUCCAAGAGUUUCAAAGUCACUUAAUAUUGAAUAGCUGAGAUACCGACGUUUCCUUUCUUCUUUAUUAAGAUUUUCGCAUCGGAACGAAAAAAAAAGUCCAAGAAGGUUUUUAAGCCGAUAGAUCCUAUUACAUAGCAGAAACCAGCUUUUUUUUGACUUAAAGGUUAAUUUUAGCCUUCGAACAACACAUAUGUAUGAUUUUGGUAUUCUUAAUUACCAAUUAAUUUUUUUGUUUUUUUUUCUGCCGUGAACUGGAAUCGAAUCAUAUUUUUCAACGUUUUUUUAUUAAAAUUAUACAAAACUAACAAUGAUAUCAAGAAGUUUUUUUUUAUUGUCACCAGUUCCAACAAUUACGUUUUGGAACUCUGCACCAUACCGGAGAUCAUUUCGGUUCAGCCCAGUUUGAAGACCCAGCAGAAACCAGGAACUCAGGUCGACGAUGCCGCGAAAGUUUCCGAGCUGUUUCGGUGGAGGGAUUCCCAUUCUGAGAAGAGCGAACCUCAUUUCAAUCCUUCUGUCGUUCUCAUCCUCCUAGAAUAA